CAGGUCCUCGUGACAUCCGACAAUCGCCAGCGGCAGAUCCGUAGUCGCGGUCCUGAAGUUUGCGGUGACUGCCGAAACUUUUUUUUUGCGAGAUACGGUGUGGAGGAUUUUGAAUGGACGUCGUGGGAGAGUUGUUCGGGAAGGUUUGUUUUGGAACUUGAAGGAGCGAGGGGUGAGACAUGCGGUUGUGUGGUAAGGUUGACCAUCGAGGAUAAGUUGAUGAUGGAUUAUCGAGAUGGGAUGCAGAAUGCUAAUGACGUCAGAACGGAGUAGUGGCCACAAUAAAAGGCAGUUUCUGGAACUAAUCGUACAUACAUAGGGGGAAGACAGUAGGAUCAUCUAAAAUAGGUUUCCAGGUCCUCUUCGAAGGUCGAUGGUGCAUACGGAUGACGGACUAUUCAUAGGUCGUACGACUGAUUUAGAAGAGAAUAUAAUGGACAUUUCGCCUGGGAGCAACUUCAUAUCACAUCAUGGCCCAAAGAGGACGAGAUGGAAAGCAAAUACAGUCUACAACAUCAUUCUUCUCAUCAGCAUCCUUUCCACCUUUUUUCUGGCAGCUUCGGCUGAAAUCGCAGAUAGUAAUCCAGUUCUUUACCGGUUUCUCACUCCCGAGAACUCAACUCUCGAAGGCUUCAACAACUGCUCGCCACCCUGCCUGGUGGUGGAUAAUGGAACUACGGGGAAUCUAACCAAUAAAUCUUCGCUCGACUUUUACGUCGAGGAACCCCUGGCUGACAUCAUCCUGCUCGGAUUCCUGUCUGUUUUCCUCGGCCUUAUGAUUCUGGUCACCAUCAUCGGAAAUGUAUUUGUGAUUGCCGCCAUUCUACUUGAGAGGUACCUGCAGAAUGUAGCUAACUACCUAGUGGUGUCACUCGCCGUAGCUGAUCUUAUGGUAGCUUGUCUGGUUAUGCCACUGGGUGCAGUUUAUGUGAUAAGCAAUAACUGGAUAAUGGGUCCUGAAAUCUGUGAUUUAUGGACGUCGACAGAUGUACUUUGCUGCACAGCUUCUAUUCUGCAUCUUGUGGCAAUAGCAGUAGACAGAUACUGGGCCGUGACGAAUGUAGACUAUAUGCACACCAGAAACAGUCGAAGAAUAGGGACUAUGAUAGUGAUCAUUUGGGGCAUAGCACUCAUUGUAUCACUAGCUCCUCAGAUACCUCAGUUCAAAGAUCCCGACUACAUCAAAAGAAUAGAGGAGAGGAAACAGUGCAUCGUUAGCCAAGACUUAAAAUACCAAAUCUUCGCAACCAGCUCAACAUUCUAUGUUCCCCUCUUCAUGAUCUUCAUUCUAUACUGGAAAAUAUUCCAAGCAGCUCGUAAGCAGAUUAGAAAACGAAGAGAACUCAAGGGCGGUGGAAAGUUGGACAUCGAAGAAAAAAUCAACAACAAUAGCAGAGCGCCGAAGAACUUCAUAAUCAAACGCAUCCGCAUCAGAAGAAGCGCCAAGAAAAACAUCUCGGAGUCCCUUGCUUGCUCCUUGGUGACUAUGGAAGGCCAGUCUACCACCACGAUGGAGAUCGUGGAGGAAGAAUGCGAGGAGAAGUCCGAAGACACCACCGCGUUCACUAUAUCCAAACCUUCCUCGACCCCCAAACAGAACUCUGAGGCACCCCUUGUCUCCAACAAUGUAUCGCCUGAGAAGUCCUCCACUACGAACAACGGUUCUGCUAGUCACCAGAGCCAUAUUAGUGAUUUGAGUAGGGUAGAAAUCAUCACUAAAGAAAUUGCUCAGUGUCCAACUUCGGUGGACAAACUGCUUCCAACCAAGAGAGAGAAGAAAGAGACGUUGGAAGCUAAAAGAGAGCGGAAAGCCGCGAAGACUCUAGCCAUCAUAACUGGCGCUUUUGUAGUUUGUUGGUUGCCUUUUUUCAUUUUAGCUUUGGUGUUGCCUCUCUGCAAAGAGAACUGUAAUAUAAGUGAUUACGUCAUGAGCUUCGCUUCGUGGUUAGGUUAUUUCAAUUCUGCUCUGAAUCCUGUCUUGUACACGAUUUUCAAUCCUGAAUUCAGACAGGCAUUCAAAGUUAUACUGUGCGGUGGCAGGAGAAGGGGCAGGAAUAUGAGGUCUAUGAGAUAAAACCUCAGCGAAUUAUUUAGAUUUUAGUAGAUUCAAUUCAGCAGAUGGAGGAAUGAUACUGGAGAGAGUUCCGUCAAGCUCAAAUUGCCGAAGAAACAAAACUUUCCGAUUGGACGAACUUCUGCAGUUCAAUAGCUCCCCCUAUCUGCGCCAUUCUGAGCGUAAAUUCGAUCAUUUUUUUCUUCUCAGACGACCAACUUUCCUAAACUGCAAAGUUUACAUUCGGUCUCUUUGGGAGAUGCCUGAUAAAACGUAAAAUAUGCAAGAGUGGCGAUAAGAGGAUGGCUGCAUUUCGGGCAAAAAUCGGAAUUUGGAUUGGUUAAACUAUCAAGGUGGGAGGUGAGGGACAAUUCGGAAUUGUGAGGCAUGCAGGCGCAUAAAUUUGGCAACGUAACGUCGUGGCGCAAUCGUAUUUUUCCGGCAUGCAGGGCGAUAAAGAACUUCAGUUGAAGUUUCGGGAUAUUUUCGGAUAAUUUGCAAUGUUGAAUUGGUGAACUUGAAUUCAAAUCUGAAAUUCAUAUUCGCGGUGAAUUUUGUGAAAGUAUUUUUAUACAUUCAUGGCUCUUCAUUGACCCACAUGUAUUUUUCGGAAGAGGUUUGAUAAAGUUUUCCUUUUAAAAUUGCUAUCUCUAUUUAAGAUACAAUCUCUGCUUAGUUAGGUUUUCCGGUCAACACAAUUUUCGAGCGCUUAUUUGAAAAUAUGAAGCUUCUUUUUUGCUAGAUCUCCAUCAACACGGGCACAGAAAACAGUAAUAUAUCAGAGAUACCAUUACUAGUGACUCUUUUACAUUAUUUUCAAACCAAUGACCAUUUCUCCUGGAAAAUUAAGUUGGGUACACUGUUAUGGCUAAUAGUGAGACCUACCGAGUAUGCAGCUGAAUAUUAACAAUAUCUUCUUCUAGAUAUAUUGGCGCAGACAACAAAGAUGAAUAUAAGUUACUGUUUGAUGUAAUUUUCAACUCAAUGACCCAUUUUAUUUAAUGAAGAUGGCGUACUCUUAUGGUCGAUAAAAAGACCAACGGAAACAUGUUGACAACUUUUUUUAGGCGCAAUUUGAGAAUAUCGAUCUAUUAUUAUUAUUUUACUGUAUUGGGGUCAUUACGGCUCUGUUAGCCUGCCGGGAACUGCGACCAAGUUGAUCUUUUGUUCAACCCUUCCUAUUCAUACAAACCCAUGGAGGCCGUCGAUGCUGAUAACGAAACCGACGACACCCUUAGGGGCCUUGGCUAUUACUUCGUGAGUAUCCAAACUGACUUUCCCAUAUGAGUGGUUUUUAGGCCAGUCAUCUCAGUGCAUUUUUACACGAAGUGCUCCUCUGUUUCUACGUUCUUUCCACAGGGUCUGCAGACCUCCUCUGCUGACUUACCCAUGUGUUCCAGAAAGUAUUUUCACCUACAGUGUUCUGUCAGCAGUCCCACCAUUACCAGAAGCUCAGCUCGUGAUAGCUUCGGGAGCUUUCUGGUAUAGGUCGGUAAAAGCACAUACAUUUAUUUGCCUGAACAAGAGUCGUAGGACUCCUUCAGAUGGUUUCUCUAUUGUCUCUCUCCCAUCAUUGGACCGCUGUCUUGUAUUGGUAUUUUCUAAGCCCACAGAAGGGCUCAUAAUCGACAGGUGUCAACCUUGAUUCCUUUUUUGCAAGUUCAUCAGCUUUUUCAUUUCCUUCAAUAUCACAAUAUCCUGGUACCCAUAAUAGAGUUACUUUAAUGCCUUUGGUCAAUUGCUUUAUUGUAUUACGGCACUCCCAUGUCAGUAGAGACCACUGGCUAUAUGAUUCCAGAGACCUCAGUGUGGCUUGGCUGUCCGUAAUGAUGUAAAUAUGCACACCUUCCAGGUUUCUUUUGAGACACCCUAAGAGGGCCCACUUCCCUGAGAUCUAGAGAUCCUCU